AUGGACGAAUCAGCCAAUUUAUCUUCAUUUGAUAUGAAAGACUUGAAAGCUAGUAUGGUAGAAUGUACAAAAAUAUUUUCAGAUUGCACUAAAAUGAAUUCCGAUAAUAUUAUUAUUAGGGAACAAAUAAAGAAUUUAUUUAAACUUCGUUUGAGAUUCCAAGACUUUGCAGAAAAUUCUGUUGACCAUGGUAUCAAAUUGUCAAGUUAUAUUGUAAACUUCAAAGGGGUCGUAGAUCUUAUCGAUGAUCCGACAAUUCAUAAAGAAGAUUUCAUCGAAGAACUAAAAUCAUUGGAAGAUGAAACAAAAGAAUAUAAGACAGUUUCAGAGAAUUUAUUCAGGAGUAUUAAAGGAUUUAUUGAUCAAUUUUCAGCCUCCAACAAAUACAUUGAAUCUUAUAUGGAUGGUAUAAAGAAGGAGAUUGGAAAGAUAGAAGAUAAUUUGAAUGAAAUUAAAAAUAGUAAACAAAGACAAGUAAAAUUAUAUGAAGAAAAAAAAUUCUGGGAAGGGUUAUUUAUAGUAGCAACGACUGGUUUGGCAAUAGCUAUAGCACCAGGGGCUGGAUUGGCUAUUGGUAUAGCAAAUUUAAUUAGUACAUCUAUAAAAGAUGACCAUGAUCUGAAUUAUGAAACCUUAAUUAAUAUUGCAAAUGAGUUAAUUGAAAGUCUCGACGAAUCAAAAGAAGAAAAAACUGAAUUAACUAAAGAUUUGUCAGCUCUUUUUGAAGGGUUCGCAAAGAUCGCAGUAACCUUCGUUAAAUUUCAAUUAUUUUGGAAUUCUCAAAAAGAAACACUUUCUAAAAUUCUUCAAAACCUGGAUAAUGUUGAAAAAAUUAAUAGAAUCAACACACUUAAAGUUAAACUUAUUGGUAAACAACUAGAUCAAUUGAAAUCUUCUGUUUUCGAUUAUAAUAAUACUGUCUUAGAGAUAAUAACAUAUGAUAGAAUGAUUUAA